AUGAUUCUGACCAGUCCAGGUGAGCAGGAGGACUCCACUGUGCGACGAGAGAGUGGCAAUGGGUCCACAUCCCGGAAAACCAUGUUGACAUCUCGGCCACUCAUCAGCCUGGGACAGGGAUCCCCUGAGAAAGAUAGGUUCGGGACUAACGAACAGCUGCAGAUGGUCUUCCGCCCACGCGAGUCAUUGGAGGAUCCAUCCGGCCCGGACUGGUUGGACGAAUGA